AGGUUGAAACAACAAGAUCAUAGAAGACACGAUAAUAAUCAAUUCUAUCAACCUGAUUCUGACGAGGAGGAGUUUCAUGAGCCUCCACACCGUGGCAAUAGAGGAGGAAGGAGAAGGCGAGAUAAUGAAGUAGAUCAUGACUUGGGAAGCAUAAAACUGAAUAGUCCCACAUUCAAAGGAAGAAGUGAUUCGGAGGCAUAUUUGGAGUGGGAAAAGAAGACGAAUCUCAUUUUUGA